GGGGCCGGCGGUGGGCGGGGCCGGCGCUGUGCUGGAAUGUGGCGGCGGCGGCGCGGGCGGAGGCGGCCCAGGUUUGGAUGCUGAUCCCCGGCUGCUUCCUGGCUGCUCCCUGACUUCCCCCCUGACUUCCCGUGUUCUCCUCUCGGCAUCGCGGCGGCUCCCGCUCCAAACGGCUCCGCAGCCAUGUCCACCUUCCGCCAGGAGAGCGUGGAGGACUUCUAUGAGAUGGGGGAAGAGCUGGGCAGCGGCCAAUUCGCCAUCGUCCGGAAGUGCCGGGAGAGGAAAACGGGCCUGGAAUACGCGGCCAAGUUCAUCAAGAAGCGCCGGCUGUCGUCCAGCCGCCGGGGCGUGAGCCGGGAGGAGAUCGAGAGGGAGGUGGACAUCCUGAGGGAGAUCCAGCACCCCAACAUCAUCACCCUGCACGACAUCUUCGAGAACAAGACCGACGUGGUGCUCAUCCUGGAGCUGGUGUCGGGCGGGGAGCUCUUCGACUUCCUGGCGGAGAAGGAGUCCCUGACGGAGGAGGAGGCCACCCAGUUCCUCAAGCAGAUCCUGGACGGGGUGCACUACCUGCACUCCAAGCACAUCGCCCACUUCGACCUGAAGCCAGAGAACAUCAUGCUGCUGGACAAGAACGUGCCAAACCCUCGCAUCAAACUCAUCGACUUCGGCAUCGCCCACAAGAUCGAGGCUGGGAAUGAAUUCAAGAAUAUCUUUGGGACCCCAGAGUUUGUAGCCCCGGAAAUUGUGAAUUAUGAGCCCCUGGGGCUGGAGGCCGACAUGUGGAGCAUCGGGGUCAUCACGUACAUCCUGCUGAGUGGAGCCUCCCCCUUCCUGGGGGAGACAAAGCAGGAGACCCUGACCAACAUCUCUGCUGUCAACUACGACUUCGACGAGGAGUAUUUCAGCAACACCAGCGAGCUGGCCAAGGACUUCAUCCGCCGUCUGCUCGUCAAGGACCCCAAGAAGCGAAUGACCAUCGCCCAGAGCCUGGAGCACCCUUGGAUUAAGGUGAUCAAGAGGAGGAACGUCCGGAACGAGGACAGCUGCAAGAAGCCCGAGCGGCGCCGGCUGAAGACCACGCGCCUCAAGGAGUACACCAUCAAGUCCCACUCCAGCAUGCCCCCCAACAACACCUACAUCAACUUCGAGCGCUUCUCCAAGGUCAUGGAGGAGGUGGCGGCGGCCGAGGAGACCCUGCGGGAGCUGGAGAGGAACAAGAAGUCCUUCCAGGAGGACAUCGAGGCGCUGCGCUCCAUCUACGAGGAGAAGGAGUCGUGGUACAAGGAGGAGAACGAGAGCAUCAGCCAGGACCUGCGGCAGAUCCGGCAGGAGCUGCAGAAGACGGAGGCGCUGAAGAAGCAGGCGCAGGAGGAGACCAAGAGCGUGGUGCAGGCGGCCAAUGGCCUCAAGCGGCGCUACCGCAAGCUGGAGAACCACUACGAGGCCCUGGCCAAGCAGGUGGCCUCGGAGAUGAAGUUUGUGGAGGAGCUGGUGUGGUCCAUCGAGCAGGAGAAGCAGAGCGGCGACGGCGACGGCAGCAUCCGCUAAGCCGGGCGGCUCCGGCCCUUCCCGACGCCCCCCGAUCGCCGAGGAGCCUCCGGUCAGUCAGUGUUCCCCGGCUCUGGGGGUCGGUGUGGGGGGGUUGUGCCUCCCUGGAGCCCCCACCUCGGGGGGCUGGGGCUGUGCUCCCCUGGGGUUUGGCUCCUGCGUUGUGGCUCCUGCUUGGCUUGUGGCCCCGGGCUCCUCAUCACUCCCACCGUGCUUGGGGACACUUCUCAUCACUCCCACCGUGCUUGGGGACACUUCUCAUCACUCCCACCGUGCUUGGGGACACUUCUCAUCACUCCCACUGUGCUUGGGGACACGUCUCAUCACUCCCACUGUGCUUGGGGACACGUCUCAUCACUUCCACCACACUUAGGGACGCUUCUCAUCAUUCCCACACUGCUUAGGGACACUUCUCAACACCCCCACUGUGCUUAGGGACACUCCUCAUCACUCUCACCACACUUAGGGACAUUUCUCUUCGCUCCCACCGUGCUUGGGGGCACUUCUCAUCACUCCCACUGUGCUUGGGGACACUUCUCAUCACUUCCACCACACUUAGGGACGCUUCUCAUCACUCCCACCGUGCUUAGGGACACUUCUCAACACUCCCACCGUGCUUGGGGACACUCCUCAUCACUCCUACUGUGCUUAGGGACACUCCUCAUCACUCCCACCACACUUAGGGACACUUCUCAACACUCCCACUUUGCUUAGGGACAAUUCUCAUCACUCCCACCCUGCUUGGGGACACUUCUCAACACUCCCACUGUGCUUGGGGACACUUUUCAUCACUCCCAUUGUGCUUGGGGACACUUCUCAUCACUCCCUCCACACCUGGGGAUGCUCCUUGUCCCAUGCAGGUCCCUGAGCUACCCCAGCACGUGGGGGGAGGUUUGAUGGGCAGACCCCCCCCUCUGCACUCUGGCAGCAGCCACACACGGGCCGGGACCAAGGACUGAUCCCCACGUGGCCCCCUGGGUGACCCCUGGGUGACCCCUGUGCCCCCUGGGGUGCUGCCCCCCCUGUCCCCCAGCCCAGCCUUCACUCUGACCAGAAUAAAGGUGUCUGUGUAACG